AUGGAGAUGGGAUCACCCCCACUGCCGCACUGUGACAAUUAUUCUUCAUCUGAUGAAAGUGUUGAUAAUACAAAUUAUGGAGAUUUACAUACCCCUGAUUGCCCUAUCGAAGUAAAACCCUUUGUUGGUCGUAACUUUCCCACAUUGGAGAAGGCAAUUCAGUUUUAUGAAAAUUAUGGGCGACGUGUUGGUUUUGAUACCAUCAAGUGCGGCUCUAAAAAAAUUGAUCAACUCACCAUAUGGUUUUAUAUGGCGUGUAGUAGAGAAGGUGAAAAAAGAGUGCAAGACAAGCAAGCUGAACGCAGACGUAAAUCCAAGAAAUGCGGCUGUAAUGCUAGGGUUGCCUUCAAGUUUGAUUCCGACAGAGGCUACGUAAUCAAUAAUUUGAAUGAAGAACAUAAUCAUCCUAUGGUACUUCCAAACCACCAGAAAUUCAUGAGGCUCAAUCGAGUUCUUGACGAUGUCCACCAAAAAUUUAUUACCGAUUGUGCCGGUGUCAAUAUUGGUCCAUCACUAACAUUUAAAUUGUUGACUGAAUUGAUGGGUGGAUAUGAGUCGGUCGGGUGUACUGUAUUGGACGUUCGCAAUUACACCCAAGACAUUAGGAGAUAUGCUGAAGGACAUGAUGCUCAGAUGAUAUUAGAUGAGCUAAGGAAGAAGAAGGAAAGUUGUGACGCCUUCACGUACGAAAAUAUAAGGUACUCUAUGAUAUUUGCUCCGUUCACUGGUAAGGACAAUCAUGGAAGAGCUGUGACAUUUGGUGCCGGCCUUCUUUGUAGUGAGAGUGCAGACUCUUUCUCCUGGAUAUUCCGGCAGUUUGUGAAGUGCAUGGGUAUAGCUCCGAAAUUGAUCAUUACUGACCAAGACUUGGGAAUGAAGGUUGCAGUCGAGGAGGUCCUAGUGAACACACGUCAUAGAUGGUGUAUGUGGCACAUCAUGGCAAAAGUUGCUGAGAAGGUCCCAAAAUCAUUGCUUGGUGAUGCAGAUUUUAAGGAGUUAAACUCAUGUGUCUAG